AUGACGAGAGCCUGGAAUUAUCAAGCUUUACUCACCGGAGCCGCUAUAGCAAUGGCUCUACUAUUCCUCGUUGCGCAGCUUCUUCGGUCACACAGUCGCAGUGGCAUCGCAAUCUUCAACAGAGACCUUCCCCCAAUUCCCGAGUAUAGCGACAAACCAGGGAUCCUCCCAACAAAUCACAUAUCGCACGGCACAGUUGAGAAAUAUGUGCGCUCGAUUCUAGACUUUGAGAUCGACUCCAGCCCCGGUUUCGAGCGGGUAUCUUGUCCAUCAAAGAUUGGACCCCGAGAUAGUCCGCUACGGGACCAGGCAGCCAGCAGCGGACAGGUGCGAUACUUCUUCGCCCUGAACCUUCACCAAUCUACCGGGAUCAUCUUUCGGCUGAUGAGCAGCAUCGUCGAAGCAAUCCGCUUCUUGGGAGCAGAGCAUUGCGCGACUUCAAUCGUAGAAGGCCGAUCCGACGACGGGACAUAUGAAAUCCUUGCAGCGCUCCAGAUGCACGUUGAAGCCAUGGGUGCGCAAUUCUUCCUCUCCACUGGCAAUAUCAACCAAAAGCAGAAGACAAGGACCGAACCAAGCGUUUAUCGGAGCUGCGCAACAAAAGCCCUCGAGCCCCUCAAAGUCAGCGCUGCCACCGACCCAAUCAACGAGCUGUCUGGCAAGUUCUCACCAGAUGCGCUUAUCAUUUCAUCAUUGACGUCGCCCCUAUGUCCGGAGGACAUUCUCGAAUUGGUCUUCCAGCAUGAUCUCUUUUGGGAUGACCCAGAUAGUAGGCGCCGGUUCGAGGCGUUCCAGCCCUCCCAGGUGUACCCGCCCUGGGGUGGGAUGGCCGUUCUAGACGCGGCGCCAUUUGCUGAGGGUGUGGUUAGUUUCCGGUCUUCGAUGCCUGGGGAGUGUUUGACCGGAGAACCUAUGUUGUUGGCAAAAGAUCUUUAUCGGCGGGGGCGGGGCAAGAUUCUGGCUGUGCUGACGCUCAAUCAUGCUUAUUCAGAAGAUGAGGCCGCUGGCACGAAGGCUGUGCGAGGCAAUGUCCAUGGUCGUGUUAAUGUUUCAAGGUCGAGUCUGGAUCAAGAGGAGACU